CACUCAUCUAGGAGACCGGGCCAUUCAAAACGAAGUCGACCAUUGCUUAGCUCCUGUCAACAAUCGCAGUCAGCAGACGAAACUACAGCAGAGCAGAUCGAGAUCAUAGUGACGCUGCUUUCGUUUCGACAGUCUGUAAUCGAGAAUUGUCGAGAAGGUGCGUACAUAGUCACUAAAGUGGUCGGACGUGUCGCGGUGUGGGACUUGUUUUGCGGCAAACCUCCUUGAUCGUAGCACAUAGAAUAUUGGAAUGAUGCCGCGACGCACCAAUAAACUUUCAUAUGAAGAAUGAAACGAUUUGGCAGUCAAUUUUGUCCGUCGAGAAUCAGUCCGUUAUCCCAUUUGAUUUUACUUUGGACUUUUCAAGCCACUUUUAUUUCUUUGGCUGUUUUGGCACAACUACUGGACUGGACACUGUCAUGUCUCCCUUGUGACAUCGAGUUUCAGCGGUUUUUCUAGGCUAUUUAUGGUUUAUUUGAAUAGUGACAUGAUAUAAACACUGAUAUAUAGAUUAAACAUCAAUCUGAAACUUUGCACAUUGUGCAGGACCAUUUUCAACACCUGUCCCUGAUGGGCUUCAUGAGAGAAGAGAACUUUCUAGGACUGUUCUGUUUUAUAGGCCUUAUAGGACUUGAUAUCUUGGGGAAGUUAGAAUAGGACAGGAGCCACCAUGGGUGUCAGGCAGAGUAGCCCCGUGUCUGAGAGUCGAACCCGGGCGUAUUCUAGCCCUGUUGAACCCUCUGGAAGCAGCAGUACCCCAGGGUUCAGAUACACAGCCAGUCCUGGCGGCCCCAGAAUUCGCUACACCGGAGGGACCCAACCCAGCUCCUACCACCAGACAGGGAUGAGUAUACCACAUGGCGGCCGGGGCAGCAGUCUGGACCAGGAGGAGACAGAUGGGGAGAGAGGAGGAGAACACCAGAUGAUGAUUCGCUCUACCACUUCACCUGUCCCCUCACCUACUGGGAGUAAGUUUGUGGCGUCAGAUGUGAUGGAGAUCCAUCUGAUCAUGUGUCUCACCGAAUCACGACUCCGCUACAACGAGGAUGUUCUGGUGAAAGAUAGUGGGGAGUGUGCCAUCUGUCUAGACGAGAUGGAGCAGGAACACACCAUCUCUAGACUCCCCUGUCUCUGUAUAUACCACAAAGGUGUAUAGACGAGUGGUUUGAGGUGAAUCGUUUGUGUCCAGAGCACCCCUUGGACUAAGGGCUCAGAUUCCCACAGAAUAUCUACCAUCUAUCUACUUCAUCCCCAUCGUCAUGACAUGCUGGCCUACGAAUCUACUUCAUCUAGAUCUGUGUCUGACCUGCUGGUCUGUGAAUCUACUUUACCUAUCAAUGUCUGACCAGUGACACGAGCCUGUGAAGUUUAGCAGAGCUAGGAAUUGCCAGGAACCUCAUCAUACGAUAUUAUCACGAUACUUAAGUUUCUUUUUUGAUACUUUUAGUCAUUUAGCACAGUGGUUUCCAGGGUGGGUGCGGGGGUCUCAGUCCAGCUUUAAACCUACUCUUGAAAGUUGUAAUAGUAGAAUGCACACGGUGCAAUUUAGAAAUUGGGCAGUGCAUCAUCAGUCCUCUUGUCAUGUUAGUCAUUGCAUACCUUAGAGAGAUAUUUAUAACUUGUCAGAAAUGUCCAGAAGAACUAGCCCAUGUCAGCUAACAAUUGUAUUUGCACCAUGACAAAAUGUGUAGAAUUGCAUGAAAUAAGCUUUAAACCUACAAAAUUCUCUCCACCAACAAGAGGGGUGUGAAUCACCAAAAGUGAUUGUGCCCAUAGAAAUAGAAGUAGCAUAUGUGCGCACAGGGGAGGCUUGGGAUAUUCCCCACUGCUGGAAGUGGGGCCCUGAGUGAAAAGGUUUGGGAACCCCUGAUUUAGCAGACAUUCUUAUCCAGAGUGACUUACAGUUACUGCAUUCAUCUUAAAAUAGCUAGGUGGGACAAUCACAUAUCACAGGCAUAGUGGGUACCCGUGGAGGUUGGUGGGAGGAGCUAU